GAGGAUCUGCUAAAGCUCGACCACGCAGACCUUGCCCAAAGAAUGGGUGGUCGUCUCUGCGUCAUUGGCAAUCUGCCAUAUAGCAUCACCACAGAUGCACUCUUGUCCCUAGUAGCAAGCCCCGGGGCGCUGCGCUACGCAGUCGUCAUGAUCCAGAAGGAGGCUGCCGAGCGGGUGGUGGCACCCCCGGGCUCCAAGGACUACAGCCCUCUGUCUGUGAUGUUGCAAACCUUUGCCAGACCUCGAAUGCUCUACUCUGUUCCACCCACGGCUUUCUAUCCGAAGCCCAAGGUAACAUCAGCCAUCGUAGAGCUGGACUUUCCAGCUCCGAGUGACCUUCCACAG